UACCGGUGUACACAUUUGAGGGAAAGAAUGAAUUAUCACGUCACACGUGGGAGGGAAAAAGCGCUGCUAAAUUGGUUGAGUGGAAGUAUGACGAAUUUUAUAGGUUGGAGAGAAAUUUCGAAGGGGUGUGAUCCCUUUUUUCGAGCAGGUAUUUACGUAAGAAGCGUUACAGUAGGCGCCAGUGUCGUAAUCCAGAAUGAAGCAGGGAUGUACGAAGAGGAGGCGCGCAUAAAACUGACCGGCGCUAUGCCAGGUGCCACCAGUCUCGGUUCCAACACGGGACAAACCUGUUACGCGUUUCUUUCCAAGUGGGAUCAUGUUCUGAAACAACUCAAACGACCAUUUUCAAAUUCCUUCUCCAAGAGAAACGUAUUGAAACGUUCGAGUGAUAUAUCUUCGAAGUGGAUCGGAUUUUCUAUCCGCCAAUCAAAAAGAAAAAGUGAGUGAAAAACGCUUGGAUAUUUCGAAAA